UAUUCAUGAUAGUCACAUGAUAUUCAUCAGCUGACCAAGUCCUGCAUGCAACAUUCUCGGAUUCUUAUUUUUCUGUCAUUUUAGUUUAUAUAGUAUCAUUUAAGGCUAUGUUUAUGAAUUUGUUUUUGUUUUAUAUGCAUUAGAGCUACGUUAUAACGUACUAAAAUAGCUUAUGAGCAGGAUACUUUGUUAGCUCUCAUGCUAGCGUGUUUUAUAGGUGGGAGUAGCCGGUAGAAAUCUCAAUACAUCGUUACAUGCAAUGCAACCGAAUCGAUAUUUGCUAUUUAUACCGUACGUAUUGUAAAUACUCUGGGAUCAUUUGCAAUGGCGUCUAUUCUUGAUCAAUAUGAAGAUUCACAGAACAUACGUCAACACAGUCGCGUGUCAGCGGCUAACAUCGGGAUUACUCAUUCAGGGUUUGUGAAUGUUAGGUUGGAGGAAGAGAAACCUAUAUUCAACAAACAGCGCAUCGAUUUCACACCUCCUGAAAGGAUCAGCCACUUUUCAGUGUGCAACAACCAGUUAUGCAUGAGCCUGGGGAAAGACACCCUGCUGAGAAUUGAUCUGGGAAAACCUGAUCAGCCAAAUCAGAUUGAACUGGGAAGAAAGGACGACAGCAGAGUGCACAAGCUUUUCCUGGAUCCCACCGGUUCACAUCUAGUCAUCAGUCUUACUACAAGUGAAUGCGUAUACCUAAACAGAAACACUCAGAAGGUUCGAAGUCUUGCUCGAUGGAGAGGUCACCUGAUAGAAAGUAUAGGUUGGAACAAAUUAAUAGGUUCCGAGAUCAACACGGGCCCGAUUCUGGUUGGUACCAGCCAGGGCAUUAUCUUCGAAGCUGAGAUCUCUGCCUCAGAGGGCAGUCUCUUCAAUACCAACCCAGACCAGUACUUCAAACAGGUUCACUCUUUAGAGGAGGAUGGUAAGCCUGCGCCAGUUUGUUGCCUUGAGGUGGAACGUGGCAUGGAAUCAAAGUACUUCAUCGUUGCGACCACGCGGAAACGGCUGUUUCAAUUCGUAGGAAAGUUGGCAGAGGGCUCUGAGCCGCAGGGGUUUAGCUCCAUAUUUGCUCAGAACCAGGAUCUCUUACCCAGCUUCCAGGAGUUUCCUGUCAAUAUGGGCUACAGUGAGAUCACUUUCUACACGUCGAAGCUUCGCAGUUGCCCCAAGACCUUCGCCUGGAUGAUGGGAAAUGGGGUUUUGUACGGACAGCUAGACUUCGUACGGCCUGACUCGCUACUCAGUGACGUGCAGGUGUGGGAAUACACGUCGGAUAUAGAUUUAAACUUCAUCAAGCCCAUAUCUAUAGUACUCACCCAGUUUCAUUUCCUGCUUUUGCUUCCUGACCGUGUGAGGGGUAUCUGCACUUUAAAUGGGCAGGUGGUGCACGAAGAUGUGUUUCCAGAGAAAUUUGGCUCACUGAAAAAGAUGAUCAAAGAUCCCGUCACAGGGCUCGUGUGGAUUUACACGGAAAAAGCCGUCUUUCGAUACCACAUUCAAAAAGAGGCACGAGAUGUUUGGCAAAUGUACAUGAACAUGAGUAAGUUUGAUCUGGCUAAAGAGUACUGCAAGGACAGACCAGAAUGUCUAGAUAUGGUACUGGCUAAGGAGGCGGAGCACUGCUUCCAAAAUAAACGCUACCUAGAAAGCGCUAAGUGUUAUGCACUCACUCAAAAUUAUUUUGAAGAGAUUGCAUUGAAGUUCAUUGAGGCCAAGCAGGACGAGGCUUUAAAAGAGUUUCUGAUUAAGAAGCUAACCAACCUGAAACCCAGUGAGAAGACUCAGAUCACGCUACUGGUGACCUGGCUGACCGAAUUAUAUCUCAACCGACUCGGUCAGCUGGAGGCAGAUGAGAGCAAACAACACAUGUUUCAGGAAACCCGCGAAGAGUUUCGCUCUUUUCUUAAAAGCGGCAAACAUAAAGAGUGCUUCUACAACAAUCGUAAUACUAUAUAUGACCUGCUCGCUAGUCACGGUGACGUGGACAACAUGGUCUAUUUUUCUGUUAUCAUGCAGGACUACGAGCGAGUUAUAUCUCAUUACUGUCAGCAUGAUGACUAUAGUGCAGCAUUAGAAGUCCUUUCCAAGCACUGUGAUGAACGGCUCUUCUACAAGUUCUCUCCGGUCCUUAUGCAGCACAUUCCCAAAAAGGUAGUAGAUGCUUGGAUUCAGAUGGGACGCCGGUUGGAUCCAAAGAAUCUGAUCCCAGCAUUAGUAAACUACAGCCAGAUGGGGAGUAUGCAGCAGAUCAACGAAACCAUCCGUUACAUGGAGUUCUGCGUGUAUCAGAUGGAUGUCGAAGACGAGGCAAUUCACAAUUACUUACUCUCGCUUUACGCUAAACACAAGCCGGACUCUCUGUUAUGGUACCUUGAACAAGCAGGAACGUGUGUCUCAGACAUUCACUAUGAUUUGAAAUAUGCCUUGCGUCUUUGUUCUGAACAUGGCUAUCUUCAGGCCUGCGUGUUAGUUUACAAGAUCAUGGAGCUUUAUGAAGAAGCGGUGGACCUUGCCCUACAGGUGGAUGUCGAUUUGGCCAAGUCAUGUGCUGACCUUCCAGAAGACGACGAGGAACUGAGGAAAAAGCUUUGGCUGAAGAUUGCUCGCCAUGUGGUCCAGGAAGAGAAGGAUGUAAAGAAGGCCAUGAAUUGUCUGUCAAGUUGCAACCUGCUUAAGAUCGAAGACAUCUUGCCUUUCUUUCCAGACUUUGUUACAAUAGACCACUUUAAGGAGGCAAUUUGCAACUCUUUGGAGGAGUACAACCAGCACAUCGAGGAGCUGAAACAACAAAUGGAGGAGGCCACAGAAAGCGCCAAACGUAUCCGUGAAGACAUCCAGGAGAUGAGGAACAAAUACGCGGUGGUGGAUUCGCAGGAUAAAUGUUCCACUUGUGAUUUCCCCUUGCUCAAUCGACCUUUCUAUCUCUUCCUGUGCGGACACAUGUUCCAUUAUGAUUGUCUCCUUCAGGAAGUCAUCCCUAACCUCGCUGCCGACAAGCAGAAUAAACUGGAGGAGCUUCAGAAGAAGCUGGCGGCAACCACACAGACCACCAAAUCAAGGCAUAGGCCUAAAGAAGAUGAUACGGUCAGCCUAGGAAAGGGUCAGGGAAGCAGAGAGCAGCUCAAGUCAGAUAUCGAUGACAUCAUAGCUAGUCAGUGUGUUUAUUGUGGUGAGCUGAUGAUCAAAUCCAUUGAUAAGCCUUUCAUAGAUCGAGCAAAGUUUGAACAAGAGAUGUCUAGUUGGCUGUGAAAAAAUUCAUAUGAAGGCUGUGAAUGAACGCUUCUGCUUGUCUUUAUGGAAUACGUUGUACAUAUGCUGCAAAUUUAACCAAUUGUGCAUUGUGAAUCAAUUGUAAUAUUUGCUGAGGUUUUACAUGCUAUAUGCUAAAUUAAUGAGUAUUAACAUGAUUCUUUAAAAUGUAUGCACAGAUGACCUCAUAUGGUUUUAUUUAUGUUUAACUUCCUUAGACCAGAGCCCGCCACAAAGUUUUGAAAUGCACUUAACCGCAUUUUUGUUGCAUUGUAAAAGUUAAAGUGUGAUAUCUUUUUAUUGUAUGCUGAAGAAAAGAAUAAAUCAUUGCUUGAUAAUAUGA